GUCAUUUCUACAUUUUCAAAUAUAACCUAAAAACUUAAGUGAUACCUAAACGUAAAAUACAAAAUGAUAGUAGAAAUAAAAACACAAACAGCUUUCGAUGAAGCUAUACAAAACUCCAGUUUGUCUGUAGUGCAUUUUCAAGCAGAUUGGGCCGACCAAUGUGCCCAAGUUAAUGAAUUAUUAGAUGCCCUGGCGUCUCAACAAACUUAUUCUAGUAUCAAAUUUUUCUCUUGCCCUGCAGAAGACUUAUCAGAAGUGUCUGUGAAAUAUAAAAUUGAAGCUGUACCUACUGUUAUUCUAUUCAAAUCAGGUAAAGCUAUUGAAGUAAUUAACGGAGCAGACACCGCGAAAAUUACAGAAUUAGUUAAAAAACAUAACAAUGCGUCCGGUGAUGAUAAAGGCGUAUCUUUAGAGGAGAGAUUAAAGGCUUUAAUUAACAAAUCAAAAGUUAUGCUCUUCAUGAAAGGCGAUCGCGAUGUACCUCGUUGCGGCUUCAGCAAAAAAAUGAUUGAAAUUCUAAAUGAUACCAAAGUUCCAUAUGAAACGUUUGACAUUCUCACUGAUGAAGAGGUUCGUCAAGGCUUAAAAACGUAUUCAGAAUGGCCUACUUACCCCCAGUUAUAUGUUAAUGGGGAAUUAAUUGGAGGCUUGGAUAUUAUUAAGGAAAUGGUGGAGUCUGGUGAUUUAGAAACCACUUUGAAAGCAUAAUUAACAAUUUAGAUAGAUUCCAUGUAAAUUUACAUGCGGCUCUUCAAGUAUAAUUAAGAUUAAGAAUUAUUCAAAUAAAUAUUCUUAAUUUAUUACUUA